GCAUGUGUUGUAUUGCUGCAGCGACGUGCAUCAGAUCCGCUUUCACACUCUUCAUCUCCAUUCACACUUUUAGCAGUUGUUCCGGAGCCGAUCUUGCUUCUUUUUUUUUCCAGAUAGCUGCCAGUAAUAUUUCAGUAGAGAAGGAGCUCGCGAAAGCCAACGCGAUCUGCUAUGUGUCACAGCGAAGAGAGGCAGUAAAUAAAGGGGACGCGUCCGUCUGCGUGAAGAGAGCAAGAUGGUGAUCAUGGCUUCUUCUUUUCAUUGUUCCUCUAAAUGCUCGAAUGCGAUGACGAUCCCCGCGAUCUCGCUCAAGCUCUGUCUGUGGGCUUUCCUCAUCGCCCAUCUUCCUCUGAGCUCUGUCCAGCUGGAAAGUGAUGAUGAUGAAGUGACAAACAAAACGUGGGUUCUGACCCCCAAAGUGUACGAGAGCGAUGUCACACAUAUUUUGAACAGCUUACUAGAUGGCUACGAUAACAAGCUGCGGCCAGACAUCGGAGUCAAGCCAACCGUGAUCCACACAGACAUGUUUGUCAACAGUAUUGGUCCAGUAAACGCCAUCAACAUGGAGUACACGAUUGACAUCUUCUUCGCCCAGACAUGGUAUGACAGGCGGUUGAAGUUCAACAGCACCAUGAAGGUUCUGCGUCUCAACAGCAACAUGGUAGGAAAAAUCUGGAUCCCUGACACGUUUUUCCGCAACUCUAAGAAGGCAGACGCCCACUGGAUCACCACACCUAAUCGCAUGCUUCGGAUAUGGAACGACGGCCGUAUACUUUACACUUUAAGGUUGACCAUUGAUGCAGAGUGCCAGCUUAAACUGAAUAACUUUCCGAUGGAUGAACAUUCAUGUCCCCUGGAGUUCUCAAGCUAUGGCUACCCCAAGGAGGAGAUUGUAUACAAAUGGAAGCGCAGCUCGGUGGAGGUUGGAGACAUCCGCUCUUGGCGUCUUUACCAGUUCUCCUUUGUUGGCCUGAGAAACACCACAGAGGUUGUCAGGACUGUGUCAGGAGAUUAUGUGGUUCUGACCGUCUUCUUUGACUUAAGCAGAAGAAUGGGUUAUUUCACCAUCCAGACAUAUAUCCCUUGUACCUUGAUCGUUGUUCUGUCCUGGGUUUCAUUCUGGAUCAACAAGGAUGCAGUGCCAGCCAGAACGUCUUUGGGAAUCACGACUGUGCUUACCAUGACCACUUUGAGUACCAUUGCUAGGAAGUCCUUACCCAAAGUGUCGUACGUCACGGCUAUGGACCUCUUCGUAUCAGUGUGCUUCAUCUUUGUUUUCGCCGCUCUGAUUGAGUACGGAACGCUCCACUACUUUGUGAGCAACCGCAAGCCCAGCAAAAACAAAGACAAGAAGAGGAAAAAUCCCCUCCUGCGGCUCUUUUCCUCAAAGCAGGCCCCCACUGUGGACAUCCGCCCGCGCUCAGCCACCGCCAUCCAGAUGAACAACGCCACCCACAUGCAGGAGCGGGACGAGGAGUACGGCUACGAGUGUCUGGAUGGGAAGGACUGCUCCAGCUUCUUCUGCUGCUUUGAGGACUGCCGCUCAGGAGCGUGGCGGCACGGCCGUUUGCACAUCCGUGUCACUAAGAUAGACUCUUACGCCCGCAUUUUCUUUCCUACUGCAUUUGGUCUAUUCAACGUAGUUUACUGGUUUUCCUAUCUCUAUCUUUAAAAUAGUUAGAAAAAAAUAGGCUGGCCUUAUUUUAUGUUACAGAUUCCAGCAAGACCCUUUCUUGGAAACAUGCACCCACUGAAAACAUUUAAGUUGCAUUGUGUUGUCGUUGUUUUUCUAGUCUAUGUAAUGUUUUUUUUUUUUUUUUUUUUUUUUUCGAAAGUACAUUUUAAGAUUUUGUUUUUGUUUUUGUGCAUUUAUGUAAUGUGGAAUUGUCAGUUUGUUUAUGUUUACAUCUUUUUUUUCUAAAAAGUAAAAAUACAUUGUGCAUAAAGCAAAAGUUGUAGCAAAAAAGAAAACAAAAAAGCGCAGAAGGGGAGGUCAAAGAAAGCCUGCAUCUGUAAGAUUAUUCCUGAAUCGUGUAGAGCAAACAGCAGAAGAUCUGAGUACUGCAUGCCUACAUGUCCUUUUAGCCCCUAAAGAGCAAGCGCUAAAGCAAUUUUGGGAACCUUCUUCGAAUGCAUGGCUGUCAGGCCUAUGUGAGGUAAAAGCAAUCAAUCAAAUAUAAAUAAAUGUGUCAAGAGGAUUUAUUUGUAUACGCUCUUAUUUGCUCUUAUUAUUUGUGCAUUCUAAAGCGCAAAUGUAAAAAUGAAGUGUUUGACAUUUCUAUGCCAUUUGUAACCUUGCGGUUUUUCAUGUGUGGACACAGCUGGUAAAACGUACGGUCACCUGUACAGAUGUUGUAAAUAGAUGAAUACUGUAUAAUGUAGUGAUCAUACUGCAUGCACCUUGUAGGCCAAAAAUUAGCAAAAGUCUUCUAUUGUCAUCAAAAAGCAAAAAAGGGUCAGGAAAGCAUAACUGGAACAGUUCAGGCUACAUUUUACAUAAUUUCUUGCCACUAUUAGAUGUCAGUCAUUUCUACAGUAAAUACACAAUGAUAUUGUUACAUGUAUAAAUAAGUACUGUAUUCAAUUUUUUGCAUCAUUUUGGGUCUCGGUAUGAGCCUCCUUUCCAUUCUUGGAUAUAUAAAAAAAAUUAGUCCUGCUCCUCUUUCAGUUUUAACAAGUUGCUGGGAUGAGUAUUAUUUAUAUAUAUAUUUUAUUAUUUUUGGUAUUAUUUAUUUUGUUGAGCUGUUAUUUUAUUUUGUUUGAACUAAGAUGGUUUAAAACUAUCAAAAGUUUUGGUUUACCAGCACCGUCUUAGGUUUUUUGGAAGCGUGUAACUGAAUGUUGUCAAACAAAAUGUCUUUAUGCAUUUUUAUUUUUGAUUUCGUAUUAAUUUAUGUUUGAUAAUAAAUUGGGCUCAAACAUAGGAGGAGGGUCACCCUUGCACUCAAUACUAUACAUUUCAGUUGACAAAAACAGCUUAUUUCAGUGAAUUUAGUAAAUAGAUGGGUAUGUUAAUGUGUGUGUUACUCAGCUUCAGUUUCGUUGCAUUUAGAAAAUGACAUGCAUGCAUGUAGUAAAUAUUAUCUUUAGAUAGAGCAUUAACUUGUAUACACGGGAAACAAAUUACAAAUUGUCAUUAAUAAAAUGUAACAUAUGCAAGCACAACCAACUUUCUAUUUUAAUAACCCAUCAACAUUAGAAAUCUCACCCCAGGUUAGUAACUAUGCCUGUGAUAUAAUUGGGCACCGCUGCUCAAGCGUUAUCACUGAAAAACAUACAAAACACAAAACACCAAAACAAAUGCAACUAAAACACUGUGGACAAAAAUCGGAGACGUGCCAAAGUAUGAGGGUAAAAUCAGACCUACAGAUAGUUUUGUUCUCCACUGCUGCAGUUAAAAUCAAUGCUUUUUUUCUUCCAGAAAAAUCAACAAGUGCAACUUUUUGGUAGCAAAAAUGACAGAUAAGCAAAAUGUUUCUGCUACAUCAGUAAUACAUAAUCUAGACCAGUAUACAGUUUGAUUUCCAAUCCCUAUGCAUUAACCUUCUAGCCGAACAAACCAGCAUACGGUACGCUUUUGCAUUUUGUGGCUAUGUAUGCAUCUUGAUAUUUUUGCAUCAUACACGUAAGCAUGGUUAAUUUUUGAUUAGUUUAUACUCGUAUUGAAAUUAGAUGUCAUAGGAGUCCCCUGAAAAUCAACUCUAGUAUCAGCCCUUUGUAGAAUCAGUUUGUUGUUUGUGUGCCACCUACACUAGAAUAAUCACAAUUGUGUUUAGCAAAGCUCGAUUCGUUUCUUUUUUGAAUAGUUAUUCUGGAUGUUUGUCCUGAAAAUCAACAGCCACACCCCAGAGACAUCACCUAGCCAUGAGUAAUGUACUGUUUAUUAUUUACUGUAGGACACAUGGAUGUGGUAGCAAUACAAACUGUGUGAAUGUGGAUCGCUUUGGUGCCAAACUAUGAAUCGUUUUGCUUUCUACCAUCAUUUAAAUUGCUUAUUUCAGCAAGGUUCCUGUUUUUACACCCAAUGCUUUAUCCAGUUCAUUUUUUUUUUUUAUGAAAUACAAAAAGAAAAAUGGCCAUAUUACUAAUGUAAUGUAAAAUUGUCAGUUCCAUGUCAAGUGCGACCUUAAGUGAAAUCAAAAGCCCUUUUGUCUGCAUUGUAUUGAAAUACUGUUGAUCAAUCAUGAUAAAUGUGGUUGUUAAACCUCUAUUUUAAUACAUGUAAUCAGUACUAUUAAUCUCAAAAUGCUAUAAUUUAAUGCCAGAAAUAAAGACUCACUAUAAGAUUCCACCAUCAGGACAUUGCUAGAGAUUUUCAUAGAGCUAACCAGCACUUUUGUUCUGUUCUCACUAUUUCGUUGUUGUUUUGAGGAUGUUUUUUAUUAUUUUCUGACAUAAAGAAAAACUUUAUCAAAUAUCAAAUUUCACAAUAUCAAAUUACACUAUAAACUUGUUUCAAGGAGAGCUUGUUUAGGAAAAUUAAUUAAUAAUUGUUUACGACAGACCUCAUAAUGAAAAUGUAAACUAUUUAGAUUUUCUUUCAGAUCAAACAGUCUCAAGCUCUGCCAGCUUAGAGUCAGAUUAAAAUACACUUUUGUUGAACAUUUUAAUAUUGUAGUAAUGUUGUAUCGGGGAGAAAAAAAAUCACAAAUCAUGUUUUAAGACUUAACAUCUUUUGCACUUACUGGCAAUUGUGUGUGUGUGUGUGUGUGUGUGUGUGUGUGUGUGUGUGUGUGUGUGUUUGGUUGUUUGCUGACAUUGCUGACAUGCCUCCCACACUUAAUCAGAAUUGUAGUCUUGUUUUCAGGUAAAAAAAUGCACUAUUUGAGAAGAAAAUGUAAGAUAUGAAGACUUGAUUUUUAACCUUUUUUUCCUCAUAUAACCCUGAAUGGAGAUUGUUAUAUUCAUGCUUAAAACAAAGGGGGGAAAUAGUUUUAAAUUGAGUUUUAUUACAUUAUGCAAUUUUGUUUCUCAAGUAAAUUUAUGUUUUAUUUUGUUUUUUAUGUGAAAUCUGAUCUAAUGUGGUAUCUUUUUUCUUUUAUCUUGUUUGUUUAGUACAAUAAUUGUAACAGCUUUAUUGCUAAUUGUAUCUUCCAAACAUGAAAUAUAAAUUGUUCAAAGGUUUUAUACUGUAUAAUUUCACUUAAGCGGCAGUUGAUUGUUUGCACCGAAAAUUAUUCCUAUGGAUAAAGCAUUAUUAAAUUCUGAAUUUGUUUGCCCCUGCAGGGUGACAUUUUGAUUUCUUUUCUUACUUGAUUGCACAAAUAUAAUCAGAUAUAUAAAUGGAUAAAUCUCACAAAUUGAAAGUGUUUUAGUAACAAAUACAACAUUUGUGAAGAGCACAUGUAAAUAAUAAAUAUUGUUACAUACUUUA